AUGCAGUUGCUAAACUGCUUCUUAUUAGCAACUGUAUGGGCAGUGUACAUAAAAAGGAAAUGUGGCAACCGACAGCUGUCAUCAUCUAUAUACUUGAGCGAAGCCGAGCCUUUCCUUGAACAAUACGCAAAACGCAGUCCAGAGAAUCAAGCUUUGAUUGGAUGUGCUGGUGACCUGGUUCGAACAGAAGAUUUCUUGGCCAUUGUUGAAGGAGGCGGAUAUGAGGAAGGUGACCUUGAGACCGAGAAGAUUCUAGAACCUUCUAGCCCAGGUCUUGAUUCUAUUCAGAAAAAGGAAGGUCUCAUAGUAUUCUUUCCAGGAAUACCUGGUUGUGCUAAAUCUGCUCUUUGUAAGGAAAUAUAAUUAAGCGCUUCAGAAGGUCUUGAGGAUGACCGUCCAAUUCAUAGUCUGAUGGGUGACCUUAUAAAAGGAAGGUAUUGGCAAAAGGUUGCUGACGAGAGGCGGAAGAAACCUUAUUCUAUAGUGCUUGCUGACAAGAAUGCACCCAAUGAAGAAGUCUGGACGAGGCAGAUCGAGGAUAUGUCCCGUAGCACUAAAGCAUCUGCAGUGCCCAUUGUGCCUGACUCUGAAGGAACCGACUCAAAUCCAUUCUCUCUUGAUGCAUUAGCAGUUUUCAUAUACCGUGUACUUAAUCGAGUUAAUCAUCCUGGAAAUCUUGAUAAAUCAUCACCAAACGUUGGAUAUGUGUUGCUAAUGUUCUAUCACCUGUAUGAUAUGAAGAAUCAUUCAGAGUUUGAAAGUGAACUGAUCGAACGUUUUGGCUCACUUGUGAAGAUGCCUCUCCUGAAAUCUGAAAGGAGUCCGAUACCUGAUUCGGUGAAGGCAGUAUUGGAAGAGGGAAUAAACUUAUACAGGCUUCAUACUAAUAGGCAUGGAAGAUCAGAACCCAGUAAAGGGACAUACGCAAAAGAUUGGGUUUUGUGGGAGAAGCAACUGCGUGAGGUUUUAUUUCGAAAUGCUGAUUAUUUGGCAUCCAUUCAGGUUCUUUUUGAAAUUGCUGUUGAUCAAGUGUUAGAACAGCUAAAAAGAAUAAUGAAGGGAGAAUAUGUUACACCGAUAUCAUCUGAAAAGAGCAAGUUUGGAACUAUAGUUUUUGCUGCCAUUGAUGUUCCUGUUGCUGACCUUCAUAAUCUCCUUUCAAAUAUAUCCGAGGAGAACAACCCGAAGGUGAAAACAUUCAUAGAAAACAACAACCUCCAAAAGGCCCACAUCACUCUUGCUCACAAGAGAAGUCAUGGUGUAACCGCUGUGGCUAACUAUGGUCGUUUCGUGAACCAAAAGGUGCCAGUGGAUGUAACCGCACUAUUAUUAUCAGAUAAACUAGCUGCAUUGGAAGCCCAGCCCGGGUCCAUUGAUGGUCAGAAGAUAACGUCUAAAAACGAGUGGCCCCAUCUCACAUUGUGGACCGCUCAAGGCAUACCCCCUAAGGAAGCCAAUACAUUACCCGAGCUCGUUUUGCAAGGGAAAGCUAAGCACAUUGAAUUUAACCCGCCUUUCACUAUUACCGGGGUUCUGCAAUUCCAUUGAGCCGUGUGUACUACAAGUAACACUACAACCACCGGGUCAAGUGGGCCGGACCCUGCUGAAUACUGAGAAGUGGUUUUUGCUAUAAUUGGAUCUUAGUAGCAUAUCAAAUAUACCGGUUUCAAACUGCUAGUGAGGAGGAUGUUGUCUUGCACCUUUGAA